UGCAUUGAGUAUUUACUUCGGAUGAAAUAUGUUGGGGCCUGUAACCACUUAGAUGUUCAGCACAUCCAUGCAUCAUCUUUUAAUUGGCUAUGCUGCGUCCUGUGAAAUUUCGCGCUGGAGGUUAUGAUCUUUGUCAUGAACAAACCUGUUAUAUAAUUGAGACCUGGAGACAUAGGUAUUAUUAAUUUAGGCCUGUACACCACAGCGAACGGCAAAAUAACGCAGAAAAACAACUCAAAACCACUUAUUUUUCUGUGUCGGCUAGUCUACGUGCAGCCUCGUUGCCAUAGCAACUGACAACACCACUUUGUGCGUCAGGAUUCAACACCAAAACAACAUUCAAACAUUUCCCCCACAUAGGACAGAGCAUUCAGUCCGUUACAGUAUCAUGGUUUUAGGCUUGACGUUUAUUUUGUGAUUAUUAAGAUAAGCAAUCGCUGUGGUAGAUUAGCUGCCGCUGCUAUUAGCUAAGCUAACACUACGGCGGUUGAUUAGCUAAACUUGCUCUACUUAUGAAUUGAUCAGAAUUGGUGUAGGUCACCUUUUUAUUUUUUUCCCCCCAAAUAUUUUUAUUAGAAUUUUCUGCUAUAGAGACAUACAAAAACAAAACAACAAAAAAACGUGAAAAAUAAAACAAAAUACAUAAAAAUUAACAUACAGUGCAAUCCCUCCCUUCACCCCCCAAAAAACACACAACCCCAGGGCUCACUUUGUCUGCACAAAAAGAAAAGAAAAAAAAUACUUUACAUGUUACAGUGAUUGUCAAGAUGUAGGAAGGGAAACCAAAUAUCUUUAAAGUCUUCAAGCUUUCCUUUUGUUGUAUAAGUCAGUUUUUACAUUGCCAGGUUGUUGCUCAGUAGUUUGAUCCAUUCAUUUAUCUUUGGUCUUUCUGUGUUCCUCUACUUCAAAACAAUCAAAUAUUUAGUCUGCAAAAGGCAAAAACUCACAAGCUUCUUUCUCUUUGUAGGUCCUUUAAAUCCAUCAAGACAAAGCCAGUUUGCAAGGAUUUGAAACAGACAAGUUCAGAGACUGUUCUUUUCCAAUCCCAGAAUUCCCUCAAGCCCCUGAUCACUUCAGCAGACCACCAAAUCACACACACUGCAGAAGGAGAGGAGGGAUACACGGGAAUGUUUUCUUAUCAUGGUUGGACUGAGCGCAAAAGGAGGCUUGUAUUUCAUAUUUCUAAUACUUUUCUGUGUGAACUUUGUGUUUAUUAAGACAUCCGCACAAUAUGAGAGUUACAGCUUCAGAAGUUUUCCCAAAGAAGAACUCCUUCCUCUCACCGCAGCCUACGGACUGGCGCUGGACAGCUACGCUGCAGGAAACUGGACCGAAUCCAUCCAGUACUUGGAGCUGAGUUUGCGUUUGCACAGACUUCUCAGGGAAAGUGUGCGGUUCUGCUCGGUCCAGUGUAACCGCAGCACUCAUGAGGAGCCGCUUUUCCCCGCAGCAGCCCCGGAUCUAAGCGUCUGCUGGCGCGUCCUGAGGUCGGCGUCCUGUCAGAAGAAGUGCAGGGCGCAUUUCCCGGUCCUGCAGCUGCCGCCUCCCGGCACCGAGAUCCUGGAGGAGUUCAGCAAAAGAUCCCCGUACAGAUAUCUGCACUUUGCUCACGCUAAGCUGGACGACCUGCAGCGCGCCGUCCCGUGCGCCUUUACCUUCCUGCAGAGGAACCCCGAGGACCAGGAGAUGCUGCAGCUGAUGGAGGAGUACAAGAACGAGUACGACCUCGACGGCUUCCUCAUCGACCACGAACAACGACUUUAUGAGCCAUCCUUUGUUAGCGGCGUGAAGCUUGUGGACUUGGGGAAGUACAGCAGCGGUUCUGAGCGCCUGGAGGAAGCGCUGAGGCUCUACCUGCAGGAGUACGACCUCUGUCAGGCCGAAUGUGACGGGAUCGGCCACUUUUCUUCACACACAGACGUCUACGCUCUAUUAGUUGAAAUCUACUUUGACACGUUAAAAUGCAGGAUAAAGUGUGAGGAAAACCUAAAGCCCAACGUUGGCGGCUACUUUGUGGAGAACUUCGUUCCCACUGUUUACCACUACCUCCAGUUCGCCUAUUACAGACUGAACGACGGCCGCAGAGCCGUGCCCUGUGCGUACAGCUACUUCCUGUUCCAGCCAGACGACCCGGUGAUGAAGGACAACCUGCUGUACUAUGAGGCCUACAGCCCACAGUGGGGCCUGCAGAUCCAUCACUUCACACCCAGAACAGAAGCUCUUCGAUACUACAACCAGACCAUCACUCAAAAACAGACGUUGACGUUUUUAAUAAAGUACUUGGAGACGAAUGAUGAGGGUUUUAGUGGACCAGAACAAAAUCCACUUUCGUCCUCCGAGUCUCCCGAUGCCGAGUUUGAAGGUGUGGGAGAUUAUGAAGAGUCCAUGUUUGCAAACUGGAGGCAGAAGAAAGGAAAAGGAGACGCAGGAGAGGCCGACGUCUGAACUCAACCACUUCCAGCUUCAGCUCUCCUGUUUUCAGGAAUGGUAUAUUUAAAUUUAUUUAAAAUAGUACCAUAAUGGGCAUGCUGUGGUGGCGUAGGGGAUAGCGCGACCCACAUUUGGAGGC